GACUAUUGGUUUGUCUUGGCCGCGUCAGCUUGUGCUGGAAGCUGGGCGCCACAAUCAGAAGAAGAAGGUCGCGAUUGUCGUCGAUAAUUGCGUUAAUUGUAAUUUUUCCCAGUUCGUCGAGCGAAUCAAUCGAAUAAUGACUUACGGCGUACAACACAAGAUCGUGCUGCAAGCUAUCAUGCACGAGGGGGCUGUACACGAGGAUCGCGGAAAGGAAUUGAUCAUUAGCUUAUUUGAUCAUGACAAUACGGGGAGGAUAUUGAGCGAGAUAAAUGCAAAGCUACGACCGUUGUGCAUGGCCGUAAAGUGCCUGAAUUGCGAAGUUACCGGUCAGCUGUAUUGGGUCUUUGUGAACACGGUGCAGGACAAAAUUGCCAGCUUUCACCCCGAGUUCUCGCAAGCGGAAUUGGCUCUCUUGCGCAACAUAUAUUCUGAGAUUGUCACUUCGAGCAAUGGUUAUGUGUCGAGCACGUUUUGCCUCAAUUUAUGCUCGUCGUUGAAUAUGAAACUGAGCAAGGCCGACGCUGAACAGUUCUUACACGAGAUGGUCCAUAGAAAGUGGCUGUGCAGCAAGGAUGGUAAAUAUUACAUGGGAGUGAGAAGCAUAGCGGAGCUGUUGCAAUACGUCAAGGAUACUUACAACGAUAAUCUUCAAAUUUGCACUUUAUGCAAGCAGGAACUGUUUUAUAGCAAGAAAUGUAGCAAGUGCGAUGCUACAGUACACGUUUAUUGUCUGCAGAAUUAUGAAAAAAACGGCGGUUCAGGAUGUCCCAAUUGUCAUCAGCCUAUAUCGUCACACGAUCAAUCUAGCGCUAGUUCUAUGGAUAUUGAAUGUGCAUCAGAGGCGGAAACAAAUGAGAUGACGCAACCUAGUCAGACCAGAAGAUCAAAACGGAAACAUACGAGCUAGUGUUAAGAUGCUACGUUUAAGUUUGUAAUUUGUUACGCAGAGUUUUUGGAAUAAAAUAAAUGACGCAAAGUGAAGAGAA